AAACACUCCUAAAUAAUAUCAGUUGUGUAUUUUACAAGACAAUCUUAAGCUUGUAUGUGUGCAUAGCGGCUGAAAAUUAUAAAUUAACUAACAAAAAAGAGUCUAACUAAAUUAACCUCAUUAAGUAAAAGUCAACACUUGCGCUAACAAAAAUUCCAGAUAAAUAAUUUCGUUAAUGAAAUCAGUGUAUUUUACAAAACUAGUUUAAGCAUAAUGACUGAAAAGUAUAAAUUAGCUUAUAUUAUAAACCCAAUUUCUAAGUCACCAUAACAAAUAUCAAAUAUUAUUGUCGCUAUUCAAAUGACUCGGAGUGCACUCACAAGCCUCUGUUAACAUGUAUAAAAUACGCCAUCAAUUUAUCCAGCACGCUAAGAGCGUAUCUCAGCUGUUAAGCAGAGCAGCAGCAAUGAGUUCUCAGCCCCAGGUUUAUGUAACCCGGCCCGAUGUCGAUAUCAGUGGACUUGAAUUGCUGCGGAAAAGUUGCAAUGUGACGACUUGGUCCCAGGCAUUGCCUGUGCCACGUGACGAACUGUUGCGUCAGAUCAAAGGCAAGGAUGCUCUUUAUUGCGCCCUAACGGAUAAGAUUGAUGCUGCUGUGUUGGAUGCAGCUGGGGAGCAAUUGAAAUGCAUCGCAACAAUCUCUGUGGGCUAUGAGCACAUCGAUGUGGACGAGUGCCACAAACGUGGUAUACGCGUUGGCUACACACCCGACGUUCUCACCGAUGCCACCGCUGAGCUGACGCUGGCUCUCCUCCUGGCCACCAAUCGACGUCUCUUUGAGGCGAACAAAGAGGUCUACAACGGUGGCUGGAAAUCGUGGGCACCCAUGUGGAUGUGUGGCCAUGGGCUAAAGAAUUCGCGUGUGGGUUUCUUUGGUUUUGGACGUAUUGGCCAGGAGAUUGCGGCACGCAUUGUGCCUUUUAAACCAGCUAAGAUCACCUAUACGACGCGCACCGCUCGUCCAGAGGAGGCUGCCAAGGUGAAUGCUGAACAUGUCAGCUUUGAUGAAAUGCUCUGCUCAUCGGACUUUAUUGUCGUCAGCUGCGCUCUAACCCCGAACACCAAGGAGAUUUUUAAUGCGGCCGCCUUUGAGAAAAUGAAAACCAAUUGCAUUUUCAUCAAUACGGCGCGCGGUGGCGUCGUCGAUCAAAUGGCACUUUGUGAGGCGCUGCAAGCGAAGCGCAUCCUGGCUGCUGGGCUGGAUGUCACCACACCAGAGCCAUUGCCCCUUGAUGAUCCACUGCUAAAGCUGGAUAAUGUUGUGGUGCUGCCCCAUAUUGGCAGCGCGGACAUCGAGACACGCAAGGAGAUGUCACGCAUCACGGCCAGAAAUAUAUUGGCUGCUCUACAAGGAUGCGAAAUGGAGGCAGAGGUCAAAUAGCGUGGGUUUUUUUUCUAAGAAAUUCAAGCUUGACGGCUGAGCAAAUGAAUAAAUGAAAUAAAACUGUU